GCCUACAAAAGCGGCUGCGGAGCUCGGGGCCGCUGCCCCCAUCGCCCCCCGCCCGCAUGGCCGCGCCGCGCUGGCUCCUGGCGCUGCUGCUGCUGCUCUGCCUCGCCCUGAGCAGCGCGGGGCCGCUGUGCCAGGCGCCGGACCAGAAGGAUGCAGAAGACGGACUCAUCCGGACUCUGGUGCGACCGCGGGGUGCUCGGCGUGGGGCUGGGCAGCGGCCGGGCGGCUGGCGGAGGGUCCGACGGCCCCGACCCCGGCUCUCUCACAAGGGCCCCAUGCCCUUCUGAGGCAGGGUCGCCACCAGUUUCUCAGGGAUGCGGCUCCCACCGCCUGCUCUGUGUCCUAGCCUGCUUUGCUCAUCUCCGAGCUCCGAGCACCGAGUCCCACCUAUGAGCCCAUCACCUUCUCCCUGCGGUUCUCCUGGUGGCCCCAGCCCUGCCUGUGCCUGGUGCUGUGGGUGCCUCCGGGGGCUGCCUGGCAGCAGGGCACGCACACAGCUCGUGGAGUGGCCAGGGGCUGCCACAAUGUCCCCAUCCUGGUGGGCGCGGGGCUGCCUGGACUCAUGAGUUUUGCGCAAAGCACUUUGUCAGGUGGAGGAACUUCUCCACAGGGGUUUGUGAACUCCUCUGGGGCUCCUGCCCUAUCGCCUACACGCUUGGGUUGAGCGCUCAGCUUGUCCUGCUGGGGUGGUUCUAUUUAUUCCCGUGGUGCUGAUCCCACGACCUGGGUGAGCUGCCCUCCCCAGGGAGUGCGGGGCUUUUCUCGGUGGCAGCAACCCCCGAGGUGUGGGGUGCCCGCCUGGGCCACAGCGUGGGGCUCUGAGCCCCCCUGCCCGUGGGGCAGCGGGAGAAUGGGGGUCACGGGGGGUCUCUGUCAAACACUGACCUGUGCCAAAGAGGGGUCCUUGCUCUGAGUGGUCCUGUUGGUGACCGUGCCUUUUCUGUCUGUAAAGAUUUAUUCCAUGUAAAUAUAUCUUUAUAAUAAAGAGUUAUGAUGUCACUAAAGCUUUAUUUUUGCAGGUGUGGGCAUGAGUUGCUCACCUGCCAGUGGGGAGAGCUCCCAGAGUCCCUCUGCUCCUGGCAGUGCCCAUGGGCAGCUGGGGGCCAAGGCAGCCCCUUCCCCAGCCUGGUGCUGGCAGAGAAGAUGCUCAGCAAAGAGGAACGAGCUGCCUGGCCUCUAAAACUGUGGAGGAGGGUGGAAGAACACAGAUCAGUAUCCCCCAGGGCUUGCAGAGGGGCUGGAGGAUGGAGGAGGGGAUGCUGGAGUGGCACACGGGUGGCACAUGGGUGCUGGUCUCUCCCAGGGCAGUGCAGGGUGAGGGUCAGGGGAUCCUUGGGCUGUGGAACAAAGCCCCUGGCUGCAAAUGCUGCCCAGAGCCCCCUGACUUUAUGCCCUUCUUGUGUUUAUUUUCUCACCUGACUUUCCCUCCAUGGUGGCAUCAGCUGUGUGGUGAAGCACAGCAGCAAGAACUGCUCCAAGAGAGGGGAGCAGGGUGGUGGGACAGGCUCAGCUGUGGAGGAGCCGUGCAGGGAUACUUCAUGCUCAGGGAAGGGGACACAUGCCACCCCAUCCUGCUCACUGCCCCCCAGGCACUGGCAGCACCCGCAUCUGAGGGCUCAAGCAGCUCCUUGGCCAAAGCCUCCAUUAGGAGAAUGGCUUCUGAAAGGCACUUCCUCCAGGGAGGGGCUGGUGCUCCUGCAAUGCUGCCAUCACCUUGGUCACCUGCACCCAUGGGUGCUGAAUGAAGCUGAGGGUGCAGCACCCAUGCCUGGCAGCACUGUGCCAGUGUAAGGAAGAGGGUUUGAACCUGGCCUGGCCCUAGCAGGGGAUGACGAGGCCAGCAAGACAGGCAGGGACCGUUGAGCACCUCACUGGGAUGCUCCAGCCCCAGGGGAAGGGCAGGUGGCUGCCCCAGUGCUGUCUCGGGUCCCUUUAGAUGCUGCAGCCUUCAGAAACUCCCAAGGCUAUUAAAUUCCACCCCCCAUCCGCUUUGCCCAGCCCGACUCCACUGGCCCCUCACCCACGAGCAGCCACGGGUUUCUGGUACCUGGCACCUCCAUCGCUGGAAUCCCUGCUCCCAGUGUCCUGGGCAUCCCCCUCUUUGUUGUCUCCAUCCUUCGUGUUCCAGUCUGUGGUGUUCCCAUCCUGUUGUCCCUGUUGUCUACAUCCCUGGUGUUCCCAUCCUGGCAUCUCUCUCUCUUUUGUCCCCAUUCCUGGCGUCCCUGUCCGGGUGUCCUGGUCCCCAUUAGGCUUCGUGUGAGACCCAUGCAGGGGGGCAGUGGGCUCAGUGGGCUGCGGGUCCCUGUAGGACUUUGCGAAUGGGUGGGGGUUGAGUCCAGCAAACGGAUGGGACCCUCUGGAGACAGGACCUCUCCCAACCCCAGCUGGGACCUCCGAGCGAGGCAGUGCUGGUGCAGGGCCCCACAUGCAGGAGAUGCCCCACAAGCAAGGUUGUGGGGCAGAGGGCAGCUCUGGCCCUGCGCAGGGCUGCAAGCGGGGGAUGCGGCAGCAGGGGGGCACAGGCAAGGGUGGGCUGGCAGCACCGGCUGGGAGGGGGUUAAUGGGGCCACGAAGGAGCGGAAAGGCUGCAGCUGGGGCUGGGAGCAGAGCCUGGGGGAAGCAGGGCUGGGCCCAGCUGGCCUCUAUUAGCUCAUCCUCUGGGAUAGGGAAGGGAUGUGCUCCCCGGUCACGCGCCAGCGCGCUCCCGCCAUGCUGCUCCCCACGCCCGCCGUGGCAGCCGCUGCGGCCUCUCUUCACCACUGCCAUCCCUCUUCGCCACUGCCCAUGUCCUCGCAGCGGAGUGGGUGGGCGAGUGCUGCCAGCUCACUGCCCAGUCCUGUCCUGUCCUUUGCGCUCAGUUUCCAGUCCCAUCAGCCUCCCGGGGCUGGCGGUGGCAUUGCCACCGGUGCUGGGAUGGUGGGGAGGACACUGUGCCCAGGCUGCGGCCCCCCUCGCUGACCUCAACUCCUGCUCUGGCUGGCCUGGGGUGCUGGGGUUUGUACCUUUCCUCUCUUGCUGCCGCUACUGGUUUGAACUGGGAGGGCUGCCCCCCUGCACCUCAAAUCACCCCUGCAGCUGGCACUCUGGCCGUGAACCCCACACGGCGCAGGCAGGACAGGCAGCGGGGGUUGGCCCAGCAGCCUUAAACCCGGAGCAGAUCCCUGCGGCCCCUGCCAGGAGAGGCAGCGAUGCCCACAGCCCCGGGCAUCGCCCAGUCCUAAGCGCAGGGGCUUGGGCUGCGUCCAGGAGAUGCACAGCUGAGCCCUGACCCGCAGCCCUCCCAUUCCAGCCUGGAAGGAGGAGGCCAGGGAGGACCCCCCGGUUGGGCUGUGGCCAGCCAGUGCUGGAGGAAAAGGCUCCUGGGCCAGGAGACCUAAGGAAUCUCUGGCUUUUCCUGGCCUGGCCGGCUGCCCACAGGCAGGUGGGAGGCUGCCGGGCUCUGCCAUGUUCUCUGUGCAUGGUGCACCAUGGCAGCUCCCCUCGCACGCUGCCUGCAGCACUGGCACCACGCAGGCAGUGACAGGGGCAUGGGCAGCAUUGUCAGCACAGUGGCAGUGGCUGCUGCAAGCGCUGCCGAGGGGGUUGAAGCCAAAGGGAUGCAAAGCCUCUGUAGCCAGGGGUAGACAGCAGCCUCUGACGCAGGCCCCACACGGUGAGGACAGGGCACUCUGCUGGGUCCCAGCUUGCUGAGUGCAAAGCAAGGAUUUUGGAUGGGAAUGCAUUUAGCCAUUGCUGUACACCUCUGGUCCUUGAGGACCGCUGGCUGAAUCCAGAGCGGAUGGGCAGGGUUCACCACCCCACCAGGGGCUGGUGCUGGACAUCAGGGUAGGCAUGGGACAACUGCCGUGCCAACAUCCAGAUGCUCAUGGCAGGUGCGUGCUGCCAGGAUCCUACCAGUUGCACUGGUCCUGCCAUCCAGGCAUAGUCUGUACCCACCAGUGUCCCCCAUGUCUGCGUACGAG